AAGAAUAGCUGGAUGGUAAAUUAUUGAAAAGAGAAAACUCGGCCCGUUACAACAAGUCCCCUGACUGCACAUCAUCGUGUGUCAUCUGGGCCCAAAUGUUUGUAAACAAACUCUCGAGAAAAUAGCUAAUGCAGGAAUAAUACAGCACAUAUAAGACACUAUGGCAGCAACACGUCCUCUAGUCUUCGUGACAGGCAAUGCCAAGAAACUGGAGGAAGUAUUGGCGAUACUGGGUGAUUCCUUCCCCUUCAGAAUUGAGAGUCGGAAGAUAGACCUACCAGAGUACCAAGGUGAGGCAGAUGAUGUGAGUCGUGACAAGUGUAAAGCAGCAGGGGAGUUGAUCAAGGCCCCAGUUAUAGUGGAGGACACCUGCCUCUGUUUUAACGCUCUUGGUGGUCUUCCAGGUCCCUAUAUCAAAUGGUUUUUAGAAAAGCUGAAGCCUGGUGGCCUCCACAAGCUGUUGGCGGGUUUUGAAGAUAAGUCUGCAGAAGCAGUGUGUACAUUUGCAUUUUCCUCUGGUGACCCAAAAGAUGAGGUGCUUCUAUUCCAAGGGCGUACCCAAGGCACCAUUGUGGAGCCCCGGGGUGACAACAAGUUUGGCUGGGAUCCCUGCUUUCAACCCAAAGGUUACAACCAGACAUUCGCCGAGUUAGACAGUAGUGUCAAGAACAGUAUUUCUCAUCGUCGUCGGGCCCUGGAUGCCCUCCGGGAUUACUUCACCAAUGAGGAAGGAAGAAAGUUACUCGUUAAAAAACUAAAACUUGCAGAAAGUAAUGAUAGUUAAUGUGAUUUAAAAACAACAUUAUUUAAAGACAUACCAGAGAUAAAGUUUUUAUCAUUACAGUGCUGUAUUAAAUUUCCAGGAAAUAUACUUGAAAUAUAAUGAUAA